ACAAGAAGACAUAAUCAGCUUCAGAUUUAGGGUUUGGGAGCUCACUCUACGAUCAGAUUCUGUUCGAUUCGUAUACCGGAGGAAAUCCAUCUAAGAAGUUGUUGAUUAUGAUGAAUUACCGGUUCACCACUCGUCCGAAAUCAUCAACAACUAAGCACACAUUUCACUUUGCUUGCUUUGUGGUUUUCGCUCUUUGGUUACUGUACGAGAUCAGGCAAUCGUAUUCAAAGAAGAGUGUCAUUGAUGAGACCUUUCCGAUCCAUCUUAACCAAGAACGAAUUUCUAGCAUUUUUGGACGUAAAGGGCGUGUCAAACCAUUGGGUUCAACUCACCGAGUUGACUCAAACAUGAUUCUGCAUGACGUAACGGAUGCUGGUGAACUCAUUGAAGUCGAUUCUGGGAUCAAGGAAAACAAUGGGAGAAAUGAUGAGAGAGAACUAACCUUUGAUGGUGUUAAAGAACAAGAAUCAGUAUCGAUAACAAUGUUGACUAAGAUGAAGUCAAAUAACCCCGACCUUAUCACGCACAGCUUUCCUGAUGAAAAUGGAAUUCCGGAGCUUGCUCGUAACAACUUUGUCUGGAAUGAGUCAACUCAAUCAGAACGAGUCAGCUCAAUCAGGUAACGGAACCCAUG